CUGCGUGCUACCGUCCAUAUACAUCUAGUUGAACCCGAUCUUAACUGGCAUAUGAAUCAUAGCAGAUUCUCCUGGGAUACCACCGCAAUGUCUAUGCUAGCCAUGGCAAUACCAUUCCACGAGGGCGAAUCGCGGGUCCAUAAACUGCUCAAGAUCGAACAAGGGGAUAAUCCUACAGCUGGGAUGUUAACACAACAGGCCGUCUUCAUGCUUCACAAAGCACCUCUUCUUGCGAUCGGUACGCUUGACUCGGAGGGAUUCCCGUGGACUUCUUUAUGGGGUGGGGAAUCCAGCUUUUCAGAACCACUGGGUAAUGGCAUUAUUGGCACUAGGACUCCCGUAGACCGUACGUGGGAUCCAGUCGUACAAGCUUUGGUGGGUCAAUCAGAGAAUGGGAAGAUGGUGAAAGGCAACGAUAAGAUGGUGUCUGGCCUGAGUAUCGAUCCGAUGGCGAGGAAAAGAGUGAAACUGUUUGGGCGAAUGGUGGGAGGUUGCAUCGAUGAGCUGGAGACGGAGCCAAAGGAUCAACCUGAGCAUACCGGAAUGCCAAAACAGGGCCAGAUACAACUGAUCACAAGCAUUGAACAAAGUUUAGGAAAUUGCCCCAAAUACAUAACUCAGUACGAAAUCCAGCCUGCGUUAGUGACUUCGAAACUAGCAUACGAGGGCGCAUCGCUAUCGGCAGAGGCCAAAGCAUUGAUCCUAGGGGCAGACAUGUUCUUUCUUUCCAGCGCAACCGACAAAGACAUGGAUUCCAAUAUUCGUGGCGGACCUGCAGGCUUCGUAAGGGUCAUAUCCGACACAGAAAUUGCAUACCCAGAGUAUUCUGGCAAUCGCUUGUACCAGUCACUGGGGAAUUUGAAUCUCAACCCAAAAAUCGGCAUUGUGUUCCCGAACUACGAGACUGGCGAUGUCCUGUACAUGACCGGGAUCAGCGAAACAUUGAUCGGCAGCGAUGCAUCUACUCUUCUCCCAGGAAGUAAUUUAGCGCUCAAGAUUAAAGUUCGUAAGGUGCGUCUGGUAAAAAACGGACUCCCAUUUCGUGGCACCCGGAAAGAACCAUCGCCUUACAACCCUCUCGUUCGAACUCUAGCAUCCGAAGGAAACAUCAAAUCGACUCUCUCUUCGCGAAAAACGGUUCAAUUGAUCCGCAAAACCAUACUGGCGCCAACGGUAGCCAGAUUUACCUUCUCCGUGUUGCCAGAUGGGGUCAAAUAUCUACCCGGACAGUGGGCGGCGUUCGACUUCUCCGAACACCUGGACAUAGGGUACUCACAUAUGCGUAACGAUGAUCCGCGUAGUUUGAACGACGACUUUGUGCGUACAUUCACCAUCUCCUCGACUCCCAAAGCCGGAGUCGAAAGUCAGAACGAAUUCGACAUCACUAUCCGCAAAGUUGGGACUGUCACCGAUCAUCUAUUCCAACAGAACGACCGCGCUGGGUUCGAAGUCCCGUUGGUCGGCAUUGGUGGAGAGUUCAAGAUUGACCAGGACGCACACGGUCAGCGGUUGACACCUUUCUUAGCCGGUGGUGGUGUGGGCAUCACGCCUCUCCUAGGCCAGCUUGAUGCAUUGGACAAAUCGCCGGACAGGUUGAAGCUCCUAUGGACUAUGCGAAUAGCUGAUAGUGGCUUUGCACUGGAUGUUUUGAAGAAGACCCCUGCGUUGGCUAAGUGCACCUCAAUAUUUUUCACUGGAUCCCGUGCUACAUCGGUAGAGACCGAGAGCUCUCUUGCAGAGCUUGUGGAACUGGGAGCCAACGUCGAAACAAGAAGAAUAGGGAAAAUAGAUAUAGAUGCUGUCGAUGCCAACACAUGGUAUUUGUGUGCAGGGAAUCCCUUAAGGAGGGAGUUACUGGCAUGGCUGGAAGGGAAAACUGUCGUGUUUGAGAAUUUCGAUUAUUGA